AGCGGUCGUCCAGUACAAUAGUGCUGUUGUGUCGUGGUGAGAGGGUGAUUGCUGCUUUUGGGAUAUUGACAGUGGGACAGAAAAGAAAUAAGAAAUAAACGCGUAUUUUCCGCGUCUGUAGACUGCUGAUUUAAAAACACCAUUGCAGACUCCAUCGCUUUGUGCGAUCGUCCCGAAACGGUGGAUUUUUGGAUGUGAGGCAUGAGCAGACGACAGAAAAAGCACGGCGGAUGAACACAGUAGCAUGCAAUUUAUGGAUACGUCAGGAUGAAACGACUCAGGGCUUCAAGCAGCAGUGACAGUUCAGACAAUGAGAGUCCCUCAACGUCCUUCUCCUCUAACAAGUAUGGGAGCAAACCAGGCACCCCCGCCUCUGCUCAGAAGAAACCAGCAGAGGUGUUCAGAAAAGACCUGAUCAGCGCGAUGAAGCUGCCAGACUCACAUCAUGUGUCUCCAGAGGAUUAUUACUUGCUGGCUGAUACCUGGAAGCAGGAAUGGGAGAAAGGUGUGCAGGUGCUCGCUAGUCCAGAUACCAUCCCUCAGCCUUCGGUGAGGAUAAUAGCAGAGAAGCCAAAGGAGGUCCUCUUUAGUAAACCAAGAAAGUUUAUCCAGUGCUGGAGUCAGGACUCUACGGAGACAGGCUAUGUCAACAUUAAGGAGCUGGCAGAGGCUAUGUGCAGAUACGAUCUUGAUGAUAUAGAUCUAUACUGGCUCCAGAAGCUCAAUGCAGAGCUUCUGCAAAUGGGUGAUGGGCCAUUGGAUGAGUUCACAGUGGAGCGGGUAAUGGAGGCUCUGGAGAGGCAGUGCCAUGAUAACAUGAACCACGCUAUUGAAACGGAGGAGGGCUUGGGAAUAGAGUACGACGAGGACGUAAUAUGUGAUGUGUGUCGCUCGCCCGACAGCGAGGAGGGGAAUGACAUGGUCUUUUGUGACAAAUGCAACAUUUGUGUGCACCAGGCUUGCUAUGGCAUUGUGAAAGUGCCGGAUGGAAACUGGCUGUGCAGAACUUGUGUGCUUGGCAUCAACCCUCAGUGCCUUCUAUGUCCCAAAAGUGGGGGCGCGAUGAAGGCCACCAGGGCGGGCACCAAAUGGGCUCAUGUGAGCUGUGCGCUUUGGAUACCGGAAGUGAGCAUUGCAUGUCCGGAAAGGAUGGAACCCAUCACCAAAGUGUCUCAUAUACCCCCCGGUCGCUGGUCACUCAUCUGUAGUCUUUGUAAAAUCAAGACAGGAGCCUGCAUACAGUGCUCGGUCAAAAACUGCACCAUCCCUUUCCACGUCACCUGCGCUUUCGAGCACAACCUGGAGAUGAAGACCAUCCUAGACGAAGGCGACGAGGUCAAGUUCAAAUCCUACUGCCUGAAGCAUAGCAAACCCAAAACUGGAGAACCAGGUUUGAGUCCGGCCCGACACAAACCCCCGACCGAUACUGAGAAACUGGGCCUGAGGGCUCAGAAGCUUCAGGAGCUGGAAGAGGAGUUCUACACGCUCGUGCAUCCCGAAGAAGUGGCACAGGACCUGGGACUGCCUUUCCAUCUGCUGGAUUUCAUCUUUCAGUACUGGAAGAUAAAGAGGAAAAGUAACUUUAACAAAGCUUUGCUGCCACCUAAAGACGAUGAAGAAAACCUUCUGCUGCAGCCGCAGGAGGACAGCAUUCACACACGCAUGCGCAUGUUUAUGCACCUGCGCCAGGACCUGGAGCGGGUAAGGAACUUGUGCUAUAUGGUGAGUCGAAGAGAAAAACUGAAGCUGUCUCAAAGUAAAGCUCAGGAGCAGAUCUUCAAUCUUCACGUCAAGCUCAUCAACCAAGAGUUGUCUGCAGGGCUUCCAGUAUCGAGUUCUUUAGAGAACCUGCUGUUCCCCCCACCUCCCAGGAUAACCUUAAAACUCAAAAUGCCCAAAUUGUCACUUGGUAAAACCAACUCCAAAUCUGGUAAUGGACCUUUAUGCCCAGAUAACAGCGGUAAUGUGUACGACAGCAUCGAGGGAGGCGUCGGUCAAGGAAAACCGCAGCUCCAUCAGAGUCGGACAGAGGAGCGCGCCAACGGUCUCAUCCCUACUUCCAUCUACAUCCGACGAGAUGGUGGGACUCCGCCUUUGGCCGUGAAGCAGACUGGCAAACCCCUUGCUUUGCACGCUGCCCUCCACGGUCAGUCUUCUAACGGCAAAGUUAAAAGCGAGACGGGCAAACCCCUUGCUCUCCACGCUGCCCUCCACGGUCAGUCGUCUAACGGCAAAGUUAAAAGCGAGACGGGCAAACCCCUUGCUUUGCACGCUGCCCUCCACGGUCAGUCAUCUAACGGCAAAGUUAAAAGCGAACAGGAGAAAUCCCGUCAACCAAAACCCAAUGGCAUUAUUGAGAAGCCUGUGCUUCAAAGAGACACUUCCUGCCAGGGGUCUACCGAGCAGGAAACCCGUACUGAGAUUCCGGGGAAAAUUCAAAUGGGUGGAUUCCACAAAACCUCCCUUGAGCACUUCAGCAAAUCCCUGAAAGAGGCCACUGUCAGUUUAGUUCGGACCGACGACCUCCGAGCUUUCGAGAAGAACGCACGCAAGGCGUCUGGCUUCACCAAACCGGUUUCCGGUGAGCGGCCGCUAGGGGGCAGCAGAACGUUUCAGGAGAGCGAUGGUUACUGCCCUGAUGCGGAGCUCAGUGACUCUGAGCCCGAGGCUAAGAGAAGGUCUCGGCCGGGAAGUAGAGCGCAUAAACAGAAAACCCCUGCCAGCAACUUAGUCAAGUCAUCCAGUCGAACAAAACUGUCUUUUGGCUCUAGGACAUCAUCAGUGCAAAGGUGACAUCUUCUAAAGCAUUGAAUUGUCAAACACACUGCCGCAUAUUACCGUAAACACUCCGGUAAUCCUAAUUCCAGACUCGCCCUCUGGAAAAUAGUUUUCCUCUGUUGAGGAUUAGGCGACGGUCAUCUGAUGGAGCAGAUACAAACCAGAGCUCAGCCUUUAUAUGUGAGCAGUGUAGAUUCACUUUUCACAGAAAAGGAGUGCCAAACAAAUCUCUCCUGUCUAUUGGCACAGAUUCAUCUGUUUUCUUGAUGGGUCUCACUGUGUCUUUCUUCCCAGCUCAGUGUUUCUGUAAAACUCAGUAAUGGACAAUACACUAUAUUAACUUGGUCUUGUACAGUACAGUACAGUACAGGUUUUAUGGGUCUUGAAGCAGUGUUUCUGUACUAAAUGUAAAAAAAGAACCUCAGUUUUUAGACUGUACAUAGUAGUUUGUGUUAAGACGUGGAUCACUUUGAGAAGAUUUUCCACUUGCAAAAACAUUACUUUCUUACUGAUAUGGUUAUGCAAAUAAACAAAAACCUGAGAACUCUGACAAAUGUUUGUUUUGAG